AUGGCUUUAUGGGAUUCAUUUAAAUCCUUAAAUGGGAGUGUCAUUGAUGCAAGCAAUAUAAGAGACUUCACUUCCCACCAGCCAGAAUGCCACAAAGUCCGACGUUCAUCAUAUACACAGACCAGAGGGUAUGUGUCAUAUGAUCUACACCACUUGAUGACCUCCAAGUUUGUCAACAAGCAAAAUUGGUCUAUUUUUCCAGAAGUUGUUUCAGAAUCAAUGCAAGCCAAUGAAAAUGCUACAAAGUCUCAGCUUCAGAAGCAGCAGGUUGAGAAGGCAAUAUCAAGUGAUUUGGAUUCGCUGCCCAUUAUUCUUCAGAAGAAGUAUGCCUUGUUACGUGAUUUGGAUAAGAGUUUACAGGGUGAUUUCUUCCAUGAUUUUCAGGUCAGAAAACCUUGGUUAGCAGCGACCAGGGUUCAAAAACUUGUUUUUGAGAUAGCAGAUAGUGGGAUAAUGGCCAUUCUGAGGAAAUGUAGAUCAGAUAUUCAAAGGCAAAAUGAACAGCGUUGUGAGCAUGAAAUUGAGGAUAUUAGGCGAGGAGUUAGGUCUGGAAACAUUACACCCGAUUCAUCAGCUAUUAGAUUCUCCGAUGAAGCGCUUGAUGAGCAAAAGCAUAGCAUCAGGGUUGCUGAUGAAAAAGUAGCCUUGGCUGUCCAGGCAUAUGAUUUGCGGGACAAGGAUUGUAUUUCCAAAACCGUGCUAUCUGUAUCUUGCUUCUUCACUGUUUUCUUUCUUUUGGGGGUUGUCAAUGAUCUUCGCGACGUGUUCAUUGCCUAUGAAAUAGCUAUACAAACAUGGUUCAUUUAUAUUAUUCUCAUUUUAUUCAACACCUCAUUUGGCUUAACAUAUUGGAAGUUGGGUAAGGAGUUAUACCUGCGAGUAGAUACACAUAUACAACAACUUGAUCAGUAUCUGAAAAAGUUUGAUGAAGAGCUUCGUCGUGAGAGAGAAAAUGCUGCAAUAACUGGAGUGCCUGCUUCAGGUCAUGAGGGUAAUACAAAAUCUGGAAGGGGUCAUGAAAGUGGUACUGGUAGAGGAGGGCGAAAAAAAUCAGCACUUGAAUUUGGUUUCAUCAAUUCAACGCUUUUGGAUUCUCGUUCUCUCCUGUUAUCGUCUUCCCUAAACUAUGCACUCAUGACUUCUUUUUGGGACACUUCAAAGACACGCCAUACCACAUUGGUCACAGCAGCAGCAACAGAAGCACAAACCUCAACAAAGCCAACUGGCAUGGAUUUAGAUUUACCUGUCGAUCCAAAUGAACCCACAUACUGCUUUUGUAAUCAAGUUAGCUUUGGAGCGAUGGUUGCAUGUGAUAACCCCAACAACAACCAAAAGGAAAAUGGUACUGUUCAAACUGCGCGGCAACAAAAAAUCGGCGUAGAGGCAAAUGAGGCAGAAUGA